AUGUCGAGGAACGAGGCCGUAUCGCCGUUGCGCAUCAGCAAGACGCCCACCGGCUCACCAGCCAAGGGAAACACCUUUGGUCGCCCGCUCUCUGAGAUUGGAACCGGCGAGAUCAGGCGCAAUUCUCCUAGCUUCAACCAGACUACCAAGAAGAUGAUGUUCACCAAGGAAACCUCCCCGUUUGGCUCGUCACCCUUUGACAAGAGCCCCCGUCUGUUUUGGAAGGAGCAGACAGCCUCGCCCAAGGCUCGCUUUGGUUCCGAGAACGAGUUCGAGCGCGACAGUUCGCCUUCGCUCUCGCCCAAACGCUCCUCCAUUGAGAACCUCAAGAAGGCUUCCCGCGUCAAGAACAGCAACAUGUUUGCGCGCGAACAAAAGAACGAGUAUGACCCAGCUGCCGUUCAGCCGCUGGAUCGACCAUUGGCUGCCGGGCGUCCCUUGAGCACCCAGCUCCAAGGUAAUGCUUUCGGCGGAAAUGGUCUAGCUGCCCUACGUAAACAAAACGAAGAGAUACGUGGCCACCGUCGCGGGGAAAGCCUUACCAAAAUUCCCACGCUGAGCCCGACCAAGUCGUCUCUACCGAAACCUUCCACGCCUUCGUCUUUCAACUCCCCUACCAAGGACAGGACACCCCCUCCAGAAGGGCGCACAUCACCGACGAAGUCUUCCUUGGCCAGUCCGGGACGCUUCAGAUACCCUGAGUACAAUCCAGACUCUAGCGUCUUCUCGGACGACGAUGACAUGGGCCGUCAGACUCCUCGACCACUGCGCCGCCAUGCAAAGAGUGUGACAUUUGAUGCUGCUCCCCCAAUCAUCAACGAAUACGAGAUGGUAACGCCCGAUCCCUCCUCGGUCGCUUCAGGCUCGCGCGAGGGUAGCUAUGAUUCGCAACAAGAUGAAGACUUGAGCUUCGAUCAGGAUGACAGCUUUGAUGCCUCACUUGAGGAUACAGAGAAGACACCAGUCGUGCUUCCGGAAGAUUGGCGCCACAUGAGUCCCGAUGUCGCCAAUACGUCGUUGACGGAUACAUACGACGAUGUCUUUGAUGGCCGAGAUAGCAGUCCCAUGCCGGACACACGCCCUAAUGGCCACAAUUUCUCCAACCGUAAUGGUUCUAUAGCCUCAGACGGGGACUCACGUCCACUGCCCCCUCUGCCAGGUAUGCAAGGCGUUGACGAAAACCGUCGUCGCGACUCAAGCGUAGGCCUCGCGGCUGCAGCAGAGCGUGCAAGCGGCGCACGCCGGUCACUACCGCAGCUUCCGCAAGCAGCGGGUUUCUCCAAGUCUGACCUCUUGAAUAUGCGCGAGGGAUCGAUGACCCUGGAGGAUAGGCUCCGCUUGAUGAACUUUGACGGCGAUCGCGAUACCGACACACCCACACAGGAGAGGCAUGAAAAACAGGAUGAGUCUGAACCCAGAGAUCAGAGCCAGAUCUCGGAAGAGACAGGCGACUCCGACACUACUGUAGAUGGACCCAAAGCCCCUCGCAUCUCCCGGGAAUCGAUUCUACGCAAGGUAAAGGGUCGUGAUUUUGAAGAGUACGACAUCUACAACUACGAUGCGGAGUCCAGUCCAGAGCGGAGCUAUGGAGACCUGGCCGAUCUCGACCCGGACGUCCCAAUCCCGUCCCGAGAGGCCUCUUCAAACUUCGAUGAACUCCCACGCGAGGAUUCUGCUAUUCCGGAAUCAGAAGCAGAUAGUGUCCUCGAUGCCUACUCCAUGGCGGAGACGACUGAGAUGUAUACCGAACUAUCUCAACUGGACGAACACCAUCGUGAAGGCUCUGUGAUCCACCACGAGAACCGGACAGAUAUCCAAGAAGAUGACGAUGCUAGCCACUACUCCUCUCAACCUGAUGAGCAGCCCACGUCCCAGAGCACAAUCGAAACAUCUGGCCCACCCACCCCGACCGGGCUGCAAUCGUCACCAUCAGCUGCGGAGAAGGAGGCCCGACGCGAUGAACUCUUCGCCUCCCUUGAUAGUGACGACGUGAAUCUGACAUUAGAUCCGCUCAAAGCCUCCUUCGAGACAGUGCCUAGUCCUCUUGACAGUGCACCCACAAUCGGUGCCAUGCGAGAAUUCCUUCGCCGACCCGAAACUCCCGAAUCUACUGAGGACGCAGAGGCAAACGAACCGAGCACUCCUGACUCUGUCAUUCGCCAUCCGAUUGAGACUCCUGAACCCAUCCAGCCGGAGGAGCGGGACUCCCCCGUGGUGCCCGAAGAAUAUGCGACCAUCAAAGGAGCUGGAGGCAAGCUCAAGACUCGCCCGUCCCUGAUUCCUGAGGAUGUGGACAUGGCUGCUACUCGUCGCCAAGUCAGCGGUCAACACCCUCCGCCCCUGCCCGAACGGAGUCCCAAGCGCCAGUCGUUGAGCAUUGAAGUCGGUCACGUCGCCGACCUAGACCUUCAGUCCGGCCACUCCACCUCCAACAAGGAAAACCUUAUGUUGGACAUCGACAUCCCCAUUGGAGACGACUCGAAUGAUCUUAGCUUUGGCCUGGACAAAGAGUUCGACCACAUCAUUGAAGCACAGAAGGUAUACAACCUUUUCCCUUUACCCUCUUAUGCUCAAUUCCCAACAACCUCUGUCGCCCAGUCCGAUGGAUCCCGCCUCAUGUGCGGUGAAGGUUUCGUGUAUACGUACAGUCCCACUAACGGUUAUGUCCGUGAGCAGAAAGGAUACUUGAUGCGACAAAACACGAAAGUUGUCGUUGCCAGCAGCCGUCAGUUCAGUGAUGAAAAGCCAACUGAGGCCGCGAAAGCGAACACUGCCGACUCACGGAAGACAAGCGCUGAGCGCAAGCCCGCGUGGACCACCGAGCCCUGGAAUGGUAAGGCAAGACGACGGAGCAUCAGAACCGCAUCUGGUAGGCGUGCAGCAGCCGCAGGUGCAGUACCUCCUCUUCCCGGCCAGGAAUCUGCUGUUGCCGGUGCGCUUGACUCUGUCCAGGAGCAAAAUGGUGAGGAGUUCGAGGACGGAACUGAAAGGGGUAGGUUGUUCGUCAAAGUUGUCGGUGUGAAAGACCUUGAUCUGCCUUUGCCUAAGACUGAGCGCACUUACUUCCAGCUCACCCUUGAUAAUGGGCUACACUGUGUGACUACAUCUUGGUUAGAGCUUGGUCACAAUGUCCCAAUUGGGCAGGAGUUUGAGCUUGUUGUUCUUGACGAUCUCGAGUUCCAGCUCACGCUCCAAACUAAGCUUGAGCCUCCACCUCAGCCUCAAGUGGCUGCUGCGCCCGUGAAAGCUGUCAAUCACAAGAAGUCUCACUCUGCUUUCCGUAACCUCCUGUCGUCUCCAAAGAAGCGAAAAGAACAGGAAAGGAAACAACAGGAGGAGGCUGAGCGUCUUGCUUUGCAACAACAACAGGAAGCCCAGGCGAAGCGGAAACAACAGGCUACGGCUUGGGAUCUUUUGCACAAUCUGGUAGGAUCAGACGGAUCGUUUGCGCGUGCAUACGUCUGCCUGAAGAACCACGAGAACGAAGCCUAUGGACGACCACUCAACGUUGAUAUUCCUUGCUUUAACGAAUGGGCUGUCGAUGAUACUGUCGCGAGCAGUGUCAAGAGCAAGCGUGGCGGCAUCGUUCGCCGCCCACCGUACCGUGUCGGCAAGCUGGCUUUACAACUGCUCUACGUACCCAAGCCCAAGAACGCAAAAGAUGAGGAUAUGCCCAAGAGCAUGAAUGCUUGCAUCCGGGAACUGCGAGAAGCCGAGCAAGUGAAGUCGAAGCAGUUCGAAGGUCAUCUAAGCCAGCAGGGCGGUGAUUGCCCCUACUGGCGCCGUCGUUUCUUCCGUCUCGACGGUCCGAAGCUGACAGCGUACCAUGAGACUACUCGCCAACCUCGUGCUACUAUCAAUCUUGCAAAAGCAACUAAACUGAUUGAUGACAAGACUGCUCUUCAGCAGCCCUCUUCCACCAAAAACGGAGGAAGACGGAAGUCCGCCUUUGCAGAGGAAGAGGAAGGCUACAUGUUCGUCGAGGAAGGUUUCCGCAUCCGCUUUGCCAAUGGCGAGGUCAUUGAUUUCUACGCCGACACCACGGCUCAGAAAGAAGAAUGGAUGAAUGUCCUUUCUGAGAUUGUGGGCAAAGAUGUCGCCAACGGAAAAGCUUGGACGGAGAUGGUGCUCCAGAAGGAGCGUCGCGAGAAGGCCCGGUCUCAGGCUGCUCCUCAGCUGGCUCAGACGAAGGCGCUGAAGGAGAGCUGCCAAGCCCAGCAACAGAGCGGACGUCCUCAGUCGCAUCAUGGUUACCAGAGCAAGUCCGUUCCCUCCAGCCCAACCAAGAGUCACACUCGUACUCAGUCCGAUGCACCACCGAUGCUAUCCAGUCCAGCCAAAGGCCACUCUCGACAUCGAUCGGAUGUACCUCCGCCCGUUGAGAAGGACCAACGUCACAAAGCUGGUGUGGUUCCUCGUAGGCGAGAAGUCGGAGAUUCAAGCCGCCGCGAGCAGGUUCGAUCUAUGAUGUUCUAG